UACAGAAUGUGAUGUACCAGAAACAUGGCGGAGCUUGAGUUAGAAGAGGUUAUUUCAGGACGGCAGGGCCCGUCCUUUCUGACAGGAUUCAGGCGGCUCUUCUACCUGGUCACGCCGAACGAGACGACUUUCCAAACACGGGAGGAAGUGCCGCAAUACAUCGAACAGGCCACGCCGUUCUUCAUCAUGAUGAUCCUGGUGGAGUACGCUGUGACGUCCCUGAAGAAUGACUCCCGCACGGCACGCCUUGACGAUUCUAUCAGCUCUAUAUCAGCAGGGAUGAUCCAACAGUUCCUGGUGAUCUUUUUGAAAAGCACGUACGCUUUCCUGUACAUGUGGAUCCAUGAGAACUGCCGACUGGUGGACCUGCCGUGGGACUCCCCUGUCACGUGGUGGACAGCCUUCAUCACCGUGGAGUUCUUCUAUUACUGGUUCCACAGGAUGUCACAUGAAGUAAACCUGUUGUGGGCAGCACACCAGGGUCAUCACAGCUCGGAAGACUUCAACCUGACCACAGCUCUGCGACAAUCUGUGUUCCAGCACGCCUCCUUCUUUAUGCUCCCCAUGGCUCUGGUGGUUCCGCCAGCCGCCUACUCUGUACACUUCCAGUUCAACAUACUGUACCAGUUCUGGAUUCAUACUGAGUUGGUGACGUCGCUUGGUUUCCUGGAGUAUAUCCUCAACACACCGAGUCACCAUCGGGUGCACCACGGAAGAAACCCAUAUUGUAUCGACAAGAACUACGGCGGCACGCUCAUCAUCUUCGAUAGGUUGUUUGGUACCUUGCAAAAGAAGAAGAAAAGGGUUGUCUAUGGUCUGACCCAUCCUUUGAACACGUUGGGAACCCGGGUAUGGGUACAGUUCUGCCACCUGACCCACAUCUGGAGGACGUUCUGGGCCACGCCCGGUUUGGUCAGCAAACUGUCUGCGCUAUUCAAAGGACCCGGAUGGGCCCCAGGCAAACCUCGUCUGGGGUGUAUUGAAGACAUUCCAAAGGUAACACAUCCAGAACCGAAGUAUGACCAACAGAUCCCCGUCUUCUGGUCGGUUUACAUAUCCGGACACUUCGUCAUGGCCGUCAUAUUCUACCAGGAGCUGUUUGCUGUUGCCAAGGAUGUGACUACGCUUGCGUGCCUGGGAAGGAUCGCCUUCCUGAUAUGGACUUUAUCUUCCAUAGCUGCAAUCAUGGAUAAAAAACCUAGCGCAGCUGCCCUAGACUUCAGCCGCUGUCUGUCCUACGUGGUGUUUGACGCUGUCAGCAGACUGUGGGGACCUCCUGCACUGCUGCUGCCACAUCUGAUGAUGAACGCCAUGUCUGGCCUGUACCUGAUGUCUGCUGUCAUCCAGGGAGUCAACCUACUUACACCUGUCAUUAAAACUAACACAGUCAAACUGGAUUAAGUAAGCCCCUGUCAGACAUUCAGAACCUUCCAUCCACUAGCAACCAACCAACUAACCAACCACCAACCAAGAUUGGCUGAAGUUUGAGCAGUCUGACCAGAUUUGGGCCAUGCCUACCUUUUGUUACAAAUCGCAUAAAAUUUGAAGUAAAGUUGACUGCUAACCACUGCUGACCUACUCCUAACCACCAGCCAACCAGUUGCCAACCUCCCAUCCACACCCGAAUGUUUUAAACAUUUCAAAAUAUUUAGCUGGUGCCCCUGACCUACUCCUAACCAUGGUUGACAGAGUUUGGCAGAGUUCAGCAGUGUUUGGAAUUGCAAUGAUCACAAAAACAGUUUACUUUAUUGUGCCCAGCUUAAUAUUGCCAGUUUGACUGUAUAGCUUAUAUAAUAUACUCAAUGUAAUAUA